UGUUUGUUUCUUCUUCAGCACACUCACUAUCCACGUCUGAUUCCCAUCAUGACCAGCAACUGCACAUCUAAAUCAGUGGUCGUCAGACGACGCUGUUUUGAGUUUUUAGAUCUUCUGCUUCAGGAGUGGCAGAAGAAUUCUCUGGAGAGGCACGUCGCUGUCCUGAUGGAAACCAUUAAGAAAGGAGUUCAUGAUGCCGACUCUGAGGCCAGAUCAGUCGCUAGGAAAUGUUACUGGGGUUUCCACGCCCACUUCAGUAAGGAGGCGGAGCAUCUGUUUCAGGCGCUGGAACUGACCUAUCAGAAAGCGCUGCAGUCUCACCUGAAGAGCUCCGACAGCAUCAUGUCUCUGCCGCAGUCCGACCGCUCGUCCUCCAGCUCGCAGGAGAGCCUCAAUCGGCUGCUGUCUGCUAAAACACCUGUCGGGAGCAACUUGAGCAAAACUAAAGUGGUGAGUUCUCGCGCAUCCUCUUCGUCCGGCUCUCUCCAGCGAUCGCGCAGCGAUGUGGACGUUAACGCCGUGGCCAGUGCCAAAUCACGAAUGCCUGCUGUUGCUGCUACCGCCCCCUUCAGCUCAGCCGCGGCACUGCCGCCCGGUUCCUAUGCCUCUCUGGAUGCGGCUGGUAAUGAGGAGGGUCGUGUGCGAACAAGACGACAGAGUUCAAAGACGGCAGCUGGGGGCGGAGCUUCUGUGACUGACAGUAGGGGGCGGAGCCGAGCCAAAGCUGUGUCCCAAUCACAACGAUCCAGAUCGGCUAAUCCGGUGGUGGGUAAAACGCACGCGGGCAGCCGCUCUAGUUCACCCGGGAAGCUCUUGGCGCGCUCUUCCAUGAGAAUCCCUCGAUCCGCCGGAUCCGCUGGAGCGUCGUCGGACAAACGCAGUAAGAUCCCGCGCAGUCAAGGCUGCAGCCGAGAGACGAGUCCCAGCCGUGCACGAGACGAUCAUCUGCAGCGGCGCUUCCGCAAUAAAGAGCGAGCUCCGGCUCGAGGGUUCAGUCCGCUGGCAUCCCACAGAUACUCUCGCUCCACCAGCGCGCUGACGGCUGGCGAUGUCCUGCAGACAGAUCGGUUCGGUCUCAUCCAUCAGGCCAUGCGGAUCUUGAACACGGGCACAGAGGUGGAGGCGGCCGUGGCAGACGCUCUGCUUUUAGGAGACUCCAGGAAUAAGCGGAGGCCGAUGCGGCGGCGGUACGAAUCUCCCGGCAUGUACUCGGAUGACGACGCCAACAGCGACGCAUCCAGCGCCUGCUCCGAACGCUCCUUCAGCUCCCGUAACAGCGCCGCUCCACAUUACCUGCGUCAGACGGAGGACGUGGCCGAGAUCCUGAACCACUGCGCCAGCUCCAACUGCUCCGAGAGGAAAGAAGGGCUGCUGGGACUCCAGAACCUCCUGAAGAGCCAAAGAGUGCUCAGUCGUGUGGAGCUGAAGAGACUGUGUGAGAUCUUCACCCGGAUGUUUGCAGAUCCUCACAGCAAGGAUCUUCAGGACUGGCUCUUCAUUCUGCUCACGCAGCUGCUGAAGAAAAUGGGGGCCGAUCUUCUGGGCUCCGUUCAGGCCAAAGUUCAGCGGGCCCUCGACGUCACCAGGGACUCUUUUCCGUACAAUCAGCAGUUCAACAUCCUGAUGCGGUUUAUCGUGGAUCAGACUCAGACCCCAAACCUCAAGGUGCGAAUCAUGACGUGGACCACAGAGCCGAAGAGCUCAGACAUCAGGAAGGCUGCUCAGAUGGUUCUGAUCGCCCUGUUUGAGCUGAACACCCCAGAGUUCACCAUGCUGUUAGGAGCUCUGCCCAAAACCUUCCAGGACGGAGCCACUAAACUCCUGCACAACCAUCUGAAGAACAGCAGUAACGUGGCUGCAGUGUCUCAGGCGUCUCCCAGCGGCAGCAGCAUUGUGGGACGCACCCCUCCACGACACCCGGUGACCCGCAGCAGCCCGCUGACCUCACCCACCAACGGCUCACACGGGGGACUGUCACCCAGUAUGCUGGAGUACGACACCGAGAACAUGAACUCAGAGGAGAUCUUCAGCUCGUUGAGAGGUGUAACCGAAGCCAUCCAGAGCUUCAGUUUCCGCAGUCAGGAAGACAUACUCGAGCCCAUCAAACAUGACGGCAAGAGGGAAGAUACGACCGGUGUGGAUCCUCGUCUGUCCGCUGGUGUGAUGGAAGGAGGCCGGACAGCGCUGGACAACAAGACAUCAUUAUUAAACACACCGUCUCCUCGAUCGUUCAGUGGCCCGUGGGCUCGCGAAUACAACCCAUACAACUACAGCGACUCCAUCAGCGCCUACGAGAAAGGAGCGCUCGCCGUGUUUGACGACGUGGAGCACAUCCGAGACGGUCGUCCACAGGACUGCGGAGAAAACAAAAUCCUGCAUCCGAAAGGUUUUUCUGCAGGACCCAGGCAGCACCUGGAGAUGAUUGGUGAUCUGCUGAAGGAGCUGUCCAAUCACAGCGAGCGUGUGGAGGAGAGGCGGGCCGCUCUGCUGGAGCUGCUGAAGGUCACGCGUGACGACAGUCUGGCUGUGUGGGAGGAGCAUUUCAAAACCAUGCUGCUGCUGCUGCUGGAGACGCUGGGAGACAGAGAUCACACCAUCCGAGCGCUGGCUCUGCGCGUCCUGAAAGAGAUCAUGCGCAGUCAACCGGCGCGCUUCAAGAACUACGCAGAACUCACCAUCAUGAAAACCCUGGAGGCCCAUAAAGACUGCCACAAAGAGGUGGUGCGGGCGGCAGAAGAAACGGCGUCCACGCUGGCCGGAUCCAUCCACUCGGAGCAGUGCAUCAAAGUCCUGUGUCCCAUCAUCCAGACGGCCGACUAUCCCAUCAACCUCGCCGCUAUUAAAAUGCAGACCAAAGUAAUCGAGCGCAUUCCCCAGGAUUCCCUGAUUCAGCUCCUGCCCGACAUCAUCCCGGGACUCUUACAGGUACACACACACACACACACACACAUGAAGCUGCUGAAUCUGUACAUCAAGCGAGCUCAAACCACCAACAGCAACAGCAGCAGUUCUUCAGACGUCUCGUCUCACAGCUGA